GUUGCUGCAUUUGAGUUUUAACAGCGACUCUAUCGAAGCCACAACAGCAAAUAAUGUGGCUUAAACGUGAUGCUCAUUUCGUACUUUGUACUAUGCAAGCCAACUUCGUAAAAGUUUGUCGCCGUGCUUAUACCCACAUAUUAGUUCGUCCGGCUGGGAGGCGCGCACAGUUGCUGCGGGUUUCUUGCACGCGGUAGUUCGUUUGUCAACGUUGCUCAUCUUUUGCAUAGAAGUGUAAAUUUCGCUAUACCGUAGAACAUAUGUGUGUUUGGAAAACUGGAUAACCUAAAAGUUCAAAAGUGCAAAAGUGAAAGAAACAAUUCUCACGUGGAAUUCACAAAACUAAUUUAACGUUCACUGAUUAUUUGUUUACAAAAGUAACUGCGUUAUUUUUCUAAUUUCUCUGGUUUGGUGUUUGCAAUUCCUUCUAGGAACAAAAUGGUUUUAAGACCUGAGUUAGAUGAACUUGUCAAAGUAUUGGAAAAUUGGAUUAGGACGCAGCCGCACUUGCCACAAGCUAUAGAGAAGCCGGUACUCGAGCGCUUCCUCUAUUCGAUGUUCGGAGAUGUGGCGGGCGCCCAACGCUUGCUUGAGCUCAAUUAUGCGCUGCGCAACAAGUAUGCGCACAUAUUUCUGCAACGCGAUCCCACGGAUCAAGAGUCGCAGCAGCUGUUGCAAGUCGCCGACUUGUUGCCGCUGCCUGGACUGACACCGGACAAAAACAAGCUGCUUUUGUAUCGUCUUAUCGAUUUCGAUGCAGAUAAGUUUAACUUUACGGCCAGCAUUAAGGUGUUCUUUAUGAUGGCCGACCUGCGAUUCGUCCUCCCCGACGAGGCGGGCAUGUGUGAUGGCGAGGUACCCAUUUUCGACAUGGCCGGCUACAGUUUGCGACAUGUUGCGCGCACAGUGCUCAGCUCGCUGCGUGUUUAUAUGAAAUUCGUACAGGAGGCACACCCAGUGCGCUUGAAGGCCAUACACGUACUAAAUUGUCCAUCUUAUCUGGAUAAAGUGUUGACGGUGGUGAAGCCGUUCAUUAAGAGUGAGGUGUUUAAGCUGAUUCACUUUCAUCUACCUAAUGCUGAUACGCCCUACAAACAUUUUCCACGUGAUAUGCUGCCGGAAGAGUAUGGCGGUAAGGCCGGCACUUUGGCCGUUUUGAAAGCGAAAUGGACGGGACUACUCAUAGAGAAGAGGAAUUAUUUAAUGAACCCCGAUGCAUGGAAAAUCGACAAAAGCAAGAAACCGAAAGCUGUAGUUCCCGAAGCGAACCGGCAGUCGGAUAGCAUAUGCCACAACUUGAAAACACUGGAGAUUGAUUAGAUAACUAAGUUUGCUUUAUAAAUUUGUAUACAUACCAUAUACCUGUAUGUGAAAAGAUUAAUUUUUAUAAACGCUUGGGUUGUAUGAACAAAACUGUACUCAAAAGUCAGGA